AUGUCUCAACCGAUCUACAACGCUCUAAUCCGAACCCAUCACAUCACUUCCCGCAAAAAGGUUGCCAAGCUCAAAGCUGCGGCAUCGAAUUGUCAUAUCUACGCUCUGCUACGUUAUGGCGGCUGUCCGGGCAUCAUGUACUGCCAAGGUUCUGAGACCGGUGUAAGAGAAUGGGUAUCAAACGUACAGAGGCUACGUUACAAAGACUUCCAGCUAGUCAAGAAGCCUGCGGGCAAAGAAGUUGAAGGAAAAGAAGUAAAAGAUGGUGUCACGUAUGGAAAACUGGAAGAAGUAGAGAGCGUAAAAGAUUUCGGGGCUAGCAUGCAAAAGAUGGGUGUUUGGGGCUGGUGGCGGAAGGGUAUGGGAUACGUUGGGGAUGAUUCAAGCUUAUGA